UGCCUCCGUCUUUUUAUUCACAUUCCUAUUCCUUCUUCAGCAAUCAGACAAGUUCGUCACAAUCCUAUAUAUCUAUCAAGAUAUCUACCAAGCAAUCUAUUAAGCAAUCUGCUUAAUAUUCUAUACAAAUUCACUCAAAUAACUUCCGCUACCAAGCAAUGGCAUCAUACACUUCCAAGUCAUCCCGCGCCAUCGUUGUAGACAACCGUUCCUCUCGCUCGUCAUCUGCAAGCUCAUACAAUACAAUGUCUUCGCGCACUAGCCUAGGCGCUGGUUCUACCUCUUACCCCAGUGGCUAUUCUGGAACCUCGCCUGUUGUCCACGAGCAUGGCCGAUCUGCUAGGGCCGAUAACUUCAUCGUUGACAUCACGCGCCGGUCUGAUGUCACCGUCUUCAACCACCACGGCACUGGCUAUGAAGACAAUGCCCCAUCUCCAGGUUACAGGAAGCCCGACCACAGAGAGUCCCAAAAGACUUCGGGCAGAACCACCCACUCGGGAUCUCGCUGAUUAGAGUCGACAUGUCUCAUUCAUUUAUGUUCGGCGCAUGGGCUUCUGGGAUUAGGGCGGGUUUUUGGACGGAAAUAUUUAUUCGGCUAGGCACAGAAUUAUACCAUGGGUCUCUUAAUAUUUACGGGAGCUGGAUAUUCAGCAGGAAGACUACAGAAUCGCCCCAGGGCUACUAGAUGUGUACAGUUACUAGCGAC